AUUCCCUUGUUCAUAGCCGUUCACGUACCACGCAAGCCGCUUUCGAGAAACGAUAAGGAUCUCGUAAAGCAUUUUAUAUUACUCAAACUCUUUAUAUUAUACAGAUCUUACUGUUGGCUGGCACCGGAAUUCGCCUUGAAAGCUUUCUGUAUCUCCGAUUUGCUCACUGUGAGAGGCAUGACGAUCGCGAGAAGCUAGGUUUGUUUUGUGCGGAUUUGUGUGCAAAGAAAAAAGAUUUAAAUGGGACGGACUCCUUGCUGUGGAAAAGUGGGUGUUAACAGAGGUCCAUGGACGCCUGAAGAGGAUCUCCGUUUAAAAGAUUAUAUCCAGGCUCAUGGCAAAGGCCGCUGGGCAUACCUUUCCAGGAAAGCAGGUCUACUUCGAUCGGGAAAGAGCUGUAGAAUGCGAUGGUUAAAUUAUCUUCAACCUGAUGUCAAACGAGGACGUAUUCUACCUGACGAAGAAGAUUUAAUUCUCAGGCUCCAUCGACUUCUGGGAAACAGAUGGUCUUUGAUCGCUGGACGUUUACCAGGAAGGAGUGAUAAUGACAUAAAAAACCAUUGGAACAUUCACCUGAGCAAAAAGCUUAUUAGCCAGGGCAUAGAUCCUCGCACUCACAGACCCCUCGCCGAAUCUGAGGACAUAUGGUGGACUCCUCAAGACACCGAUGUGGAUCAAAACGUUCUCCAAAACUCUAUAACACCAGAAAGUGCCAAUCAAGAAAUACAUUCAGAUUUCAUAAUUGCAGAUCAUAAGGAGGAGCAGAUUUGCUCUUCAGAGCCUACACCGGCAAUCUCUUGUUUUCAAAGCGCACCCACCAUUCUGUCUUCUGCCAGUGAGAUUGUUGGCUAUAGUGAAAUGAGUAAUUCAAAUUGUUUCGAGACUUCGAAUCAUAUAAAAUACAGCAGCCGGUUUCCUUAUUCCCUUCCUGCAACUCCAAGAGUAGAAAUAGCCUCUGGAAAUACCACUUCGUUUCUACAGUCACUUGUACUCAACGAAGAGUUUGAGGUGCCAGACCCUACUGUUGAAUACAAUUAUGUUUCAAAGCUCUGCCCAAAUCAGCCUGAGCUUGUAAGUCCUAGCUAUGAUUUGUGGUCUAGGCUCCAAUCUCCAAGUACGCAUCACUAUCCUUCUCGUUGACCUACUUGGAUAUCACUGAACCAUUCUGUAUAUUUUAUUUAUUGCCCUAUCAUGUACAUUCUUCAACUGUUUGUAUCUGUACAAUUAACACUUAAAAGGGUCCAAAAGUGUUGGGAAUGUGAAGCCCAACAGUCAGAUGACCUUUCGCCUUC